GUUUUUUUGAGUGUAUUGGUGAAAUUUGGACAAUUUUCGAACGACGGAAAUUUAACAUAAAGUACCUUGGCUUCACAAUAAAAUUGAUCAGAACCGUCAGUACGCUCUGACCGCUCGAUCCAACCAGACAACUAAAGUUUAGCAAGAUGGCCGAUGAGAAGAAGAAGGUUAAGAAGAAGAAGACAAAAGAAGAAGGUGGCACCUCAGAGACCGCUUCUGAGGCCGCAUCUGAGGCAGCAACCCCUGCACCAGCUGCAACUCCAGCACCUGCUUCGACCACUGGCUCAAAGAGGGCGUCCGGUGGAUCACGUGGCUCAAGGAAAUCAAAGCGCGCUGGUUCAUCUGUGUUCUCCGUUUUCUCACAGAAACAGAUCGCUGAAUUCAAGGAAGCUUUCCAACUAAUGGAUGCUGACAAAGAUGGUAUCAUCGGUAAGAACGAUUUGCGUGCCGCUUUCGAUUCCGUUGGUAAAAUCGCCAACGACAAGGAAUUAGAUGCUAUGUUAUCCGAAGCAUCUGGCCCAAUUAACUUCACCCAAUUGUUGUCGUUGUUCGCCAAUCGUAUGGCCCAAUCUGGUGCCAACGAUGAAGAUGAAGUUGUAAUUGCUGCCUUCAAAACAUUCGAUAACGAUGGUCUCAUCGAUGGUGAUAAAUUCCGUGAAAUGCUCAUGAAUUUCGGUGAUAAAUUCACAAUGAAGGAAGUCGAUGAUGCAUACGAUCAAAUGGUUAUUGAUGAUAAGAACAUGAUCGAUACAGCUGCCUUAAUCGAAAUGCUCACUGGCAAGGAAGAAGAAGGAGAAGGUGAAGGUGAAGAAGGUGCAUAAGCACAUACAACUCUUAACCAAAACCCAAAUGAAAAAAAACAACAUCUUUUAAUUUUUUUUAAAAAUUUUUAUUUAUUUUAAUUUAAUAGUUUAAUUUAAACUUAAAAAAACAAUUUUUUUCAUUUUUUUUUUAUUUGCUAAAAAAACAAUCAAAUCAGCAAAGUAAAUAUGAACAACUAUAUUUAUAUAAAAAAAGUGAAAUUUUUUUUAUUAUUAUUUUUUACAAAAGUAAUAUAAAUCAAAGCAAGAGAGAAAUAUUGUUACCCAACAUCUUUUUCGGCUGCUUUUUUGUAGCCGAAAUUAAAUUCAAUAUCAAAUAUGAAAAAAUCAACAACACCUCAAAAGUUUUCAUAAAAAAAUAUAUUUUAAUUUAAAAAAAAAUAUACAAAAAAAACUAAAAAUCUAAAUUUUCUUAUUCACGUCAAAUCUCUCGAUUCGAUCUGGUCAAAAGCGGUUAAUCUCAGGGCCUGUGACUAUAUAGGGUUUCAAUUUCUUCUACAACACCAAGAACAACACCAAAAAAUCAUCCCUCAAACAUAAUUUCAUGUUUAUAUUUCAUACAAAAUCAUAUCAAAAAUAAUUUUUUUUUUAAAUUUAUUUUUAAAACUAACAACAAAUUUAUAUUUAGCAACAGUGAAGAGUUUUAUAGAAAAAUCAAAAAAAUAGGUUUAAAUCACAAAAAAAAAACUUAUACAGUACUUAUCUUCUACUCGUAUAUAUUUAUUUAUACAUAUUUUUAGUGUGAAAUGUUUUUUCUUUUAGUGUGGAAAGCAAGCAAUUCAAAAAAACAAAAAAAAAAAAAUUAAAAAUUAUAUUUAUCAAGAGUUAAUUAAAUGCAUAUAAUUUAAAAAAUAAUUAGCAAGCAGUCAACCAAAAAUACAUAUAACGCCAACACUAUAUAUCAAAUUAAGUGCAUUAACCUUGGCUAAAAUUUAUAUAUAUAUAUCUUAUAUAAUAUACUCGUAUAUAUACAUACAUAUAUAAACAAAAAACCCUCUAUCACUUAACAAAAAAAAAAAAAAAGAAAAUACUUUGUAUUAGUUUCGAUGUUAUUAUUCUUAUUAAAAAAUACAACAACAAGAAAAAAAGAUGCCAAAAGUAUACAAUUGAUCAAUCUAAAAAAAAAGCAUCAUCCUAGAUAUUUUGUAUAAACAUUUAUUUAUUUAUUUAUUAUUAUUUUAAUCAAACCGAUUCUUAAAGGAAGACUUAUAUAUAUAUGAAAUAAUCAAACUAACAAAAAAAAGUGUGUGUAUACUAUAUUACUAACAAUUGCAUAAAGCAUAUAUAUCUACAAAAAAAAGGGUUAAAGUUUCCAAAAAAAAAAAAAAAAAAAAACAUAA